CUUCCUCCCGCGGAGAGACGCUCCGGCGGAAUGGUGGAGUGGAGUCCGUCGCACGGCUCAGGUUGACUCGCAGCUUUUCUCGCCGACCCAACGACGCACGGCUCGGGUCCACAGGUAAAGUUGGCGUGGGCACGUUUUUCCUAUGGUGACACAACCCAUGGCGAUUUAACCCCGAUACCCCCAUUACUGAGUACCCCCAUUACUGAGUACCACUGGUCUUCACUUUAUUGACCCCCGCCAUCCCCCCCUUAUCACUAUGGCCCAGCAGAACCAGUGCCACCAUGACCAGCUCAUGGGUUUCUUCUACAGACACCAGAACGAAGUCAAGUGGGACUCCACCCAGCUCAUCUUGGUCCAGGUGGUGGGCUCACUCUUCUGCUGUUUCAUCCUGGUCUCCAACGUCAUGGUCAUCGCCGCCGUCAUCACCAACAAGCGGUUCCACUACCCUUUUUACUAUCUCCUCGCCAAUCUUGCUGCCUCGGACUUCCUGGCCGGGAUUGCGUACGUGUAUCUCAUGUUUAACACGGGCAACACGUCCCGGACACUAACGGUCGAGGGCUAUUUCUUCCGCCAGGGCCUGCUGGACACCAGCCUCUCCGCCUCGCUGGCCAACCUGCUGGUGAUCGCUCUGGAGCGCUACAUCUCCGUCAUGAAAUGGAAGGUCCACAGCAACCUGACCAAGCAACGGGUGACCCUGCUCAUAGUGCUGGUGUGGGCUAUCUCGGUCUUCAUGGGCGCCGUCCCCAUACUGGGCUGGAACUGCAUCUGCAAUCUGGCCGACUGCUCCCAGCUAGCGCCCAUCUUCAGCCGGAGCUACCUGGUCUUCUGGUCGGUGUCCAACCUGGUGGUGUUCUUGGUCAUGGUGUGCAUAUACUUGCGGAUCUAUGCCUAUGUCAAGAAGAAGACGUCGGUGCUGACACCGCACACCAGCGGCUCCAUCAACCGCAAGAGGACGCCCAUCAAGCUCAUCAAGACGGUCAUGACGGUGCUCGGUGCGUUUGUCAUCUGCUGGACACCCGGCCUGGUGGUGCUGCUGCUCGACGGCCUCAAUUGUGAGAGGUGCCGGGUCAUGCUCUUCAAGCGGUGGCUGCUGCUGCUGGCCGUACUCAACUCGGUCAUGAACCCCUGCAUCUACUCCUACAAGGACGAGGAGAUGUGGAUGACCAUCAAGAACCUCCUGCGCUGCAUCGGCAAUGGCACACGGCGCCAGCGAUCGUCCAGGGCCAACGCCAAACCGCUCAACUCCGCCCAGGAGACGGGCAACAGCCAGCCUCCCUCUGAGGAGGCCAAGAGCGACGACCAGGGCAUGCUAAAUAGCUGAGUGGUCAGAUGCUGUGUGUGAAACCUAUGGAGCUUCUGUCCAGA